AUAGCCAGGCGAUGUAAGAUGGCGGUGAAUAGUAGGUCUAAGAAUUUACAAGCAAUGAACAUUACGUCGCUAUUUAGUCGAAUACACGGCGCAUUUUCCGAAGCGAUGGCACCUCCAAAGUUUGUGAUCGACCGACGGACUAUCGAGAAGACGUGGAAGCUUAUGGACAAAGUGGUCAAGCUGUGCCAGCACUCGCGAAUGAACCUGAAAAAUAGCCCGCCGUUCAUUUUGGACAUCCUGCCGGAUACGUACCAGCAUCUGCGGGUGAUCUACAGCAAACACGAGGACAAGAUGCACUUGCUGAACGACAACGAGUACUUUCGAGUGUUCAUCGAGAACCUGAACAGGAAGUGCAAACAGGCGAUCAAGCUUUUCAAGGAGGGCAAAGAGAGGAUGUUCGACGAGACGUCGCACUUUCGGAGGAACCUCACCAAACUGAGCCUAGUGUUUAGCCACAUGCUGUCCGAACUGAAGGCCAUUUACCCAAACGGCGUCUUUUGUGGCGACACUUUUCGGAUAACCAAAAGUGACGCGUCCGAGUUCUGGAAAAACGCGUUCGGGGACCGGACUGUCGUAGCGUGGCGGGUUUUUCGACAAACGCUUCACGACGUCCAUCCCAUCAGUUCAGGGCUUGAAGCAAUGGCCCUCAAGUCCACCAUUGACCUUACCUGCAAUGACUAUAUUUCAAAUUUCGAGUUUGAUGUGUUCACAAGGUUAUUUCAGCCCUGGUCAACACUUCUUAGAAAUUGGCAAAUCCUGGCAGUUACCCACCCUGGCUAUGUUGCCUUCCUUACGUAUGAUGAGGUCAAGGCACGUCUGUGCAAAUACAUUAACAAGCCAGGAAGCUACGUAUUCCGGCUAAGCUGUACGAGGCUGGGCCAGUGGGCCAUUGGCUACGUCACAGCCGAGGGAAACAUCUUGCAGACCAUUCCACAAAACAAAUCUUUGUGCCAAGCACUUCUCGACGGCUAUCGGGAAGGAUUCUACCUCUACCCAGACGGGCGCAAUGUCAAUCCCGACCUGAGUUGGGCCGUCCAGGCGACACCCGAAGACCACAUCAAGGUGACGCAAGAACAGUACGAGCUCUACUGUGAGAUGGGCUCCACCUUCCAGCUGUGCAAGAUCUGUGCCGAGAAUGACAAGGACAUUCGCAUUGAGCCCUGCGGGCAUCUGCUCUGCACACCAUGCCUAACCUCCUGGCAGGAUUCCGAAGGCCAAGGCUGCCCCUUUUGCCGAGCAGAGAUCAAAGGGACCGAGCAGGUAGUGGUUGACCCAUUUGACCCUACGGGGCGGACAGUACGCAAGACCGACUUGCAGAACUACAACCACCCCAACAGCCUGGUUGACCUUGACGAUGAUGAGCCUUUCGAGGACCCAAACACGUGGACGUCGUCACUACAAGCCCUGGCCCUUUCACCAAGAAGUGAAACAGCUGAUGGGAGCAGGUCAUGUAGCCGUUCUCCUCUGGUGUCACCACAUUCAUCCCCCAUGGUGACCCGUCGUAUUGCGACUACUGCACCACCUCCUGUGCCACCACGCAGAGCAUCACCCACCAACACUCCUGGCCAAUCACCUGGCACCUCACCAAGGCACCAAACCCUGUUUAGGCCAGGUACAGAUGAGUACAUCAAUGGGGGAGCACCUUCUCGGACCUCCAGUACGCCUCAAAGUUCACCCGAGAAUUCUGGCACCAGUGUGACAUACUCAGAAGUCCAACACGACACGGGCCUCUUCGCCAGGAGCUCGUGUUCAGGUUCCAGCUCUAACCCGGGAUCAGCCUCAAGCUCCAGCUCUGGCUGCUGCCUUGGUCCCCGUCCUUCUUCCUCCUUUCCACCUACCAUCGUCACCGUGGCUCCAUCACCGCCCAACACCAAUGGGACGUGGCCUGGUGGUGGAAGCAGCGCACCCCUGCAGCGUGCACCCUCACCGCUGCCAGCGCCAAGCAUCCAUUACGCCGAACUGGCCGAGCUCUUUGAAGAGCCCAGCUAUGCCAACACUGAACUCAGUGCUGCUACUGGGCUUGCUGCAAACCCUGUUCCACGCCAAACCGAGCCGUCCUCAUUGGACUCCUUACUGUGUUCACCUCUUCCCGGGUCAGCAAACGGAUCCGUGGGAACUAGCCAGAAAAUUGAGAAGAGGCUACGAAUGUUGAGACCCCUUGGCACAAGUGCCCUGGAAAACAAGGAAAACGACCGCGUGAGCUACGAGAAUCUUCAUAUGGACUACAUAUCGGAGCUCACAUCUGAGGGCUACGCACAGGACGCUGUGAUUCGUGCUUUGGGGAUAGCACGGAAUGACUUGCAAAUGGCGAGAGAUAUCUUGCACGAAUUCGCCGGCAAGAACAAGUGAGGAGUUGCACGUCGCUCCUUCUCUAGCAACAAAACUCAAGGACACGGGACAUACAGACCUCUGCAUGCAAGGCGGCAUGUCUGAUCCAACGAUGCAACGACUGGUGUGUCGCAACUCUAGGAGACUGAUGAACAAUGAUGUGCUGGGUUUCGACACGAGUGCCGUUGUUGACUGGAGAAGAGUGAGCCAAAGGUGUGUCAUCUAGGAUUUGAAGCCAGACGAUGUGCAAGGAAGAUUCAGGAGUGUUGUUUUGUUCCUCUUCUUUUACUGUCCCCAGGAUAACGUUUAUAUUUCUUGAGAACGUGAAGCUAGGCAUCCGAAUGUCUGCAAGUACUGAACACCUAAAUUCAUGUGGUUUGUUGAAGGGAUUUACAACUUUUUCAUAGCGUUAGUUUAGAAAGUGGGAAACAGCUCAUUUAGGUGAGCUUUCUAAGCUCUCUUUUCUUCCUUCCCCGUGUCUCUGCCAAAUAAGGCGAGAUACAGUUAUGCAAGUUUAGUACUCCAUCUACAAGUCUUUUUUUUUUCUCUGGAGUGUAGUAUUAAUUCACCUUCAACAAGGACACUGCUUUGGGGAGCUUAGAGCGAAUAAGCUUUAUUUUUUAAAAAAUCGCUGUUAUUCGAAGUUCUGCGCAUGACGUUUGCAUGCUAGUCAUUUUUUCAGACAAUGCAAAGUACAGAAGCAGAGCUUCUUUUUUUUUUAACUUGCAUCUUUUGGUGAUCACGUUUCACAUGGUUUUGAAAGUCACAAAAGGCUGAUUCUGGUUUUACGUUCGUGCUUGUACAGCAUUUAUACAUAAGUGUUAUCAUAUCACAUUCAUAUUGAAUGUUUUUAAAUUCAAGCGUUAGCAUCGUACCGCUACUAGACGCUUCACUAGAGGCAGGGUUGGCCAGCAAACAGAUGUGCCCCAUGCAUUCGGCCGGUGCCCUGCAUUGUACUUCCGUACGUUUUUAUGAAUACUGUGAUCUGAGCCGCGGCGGUAACUUAUUCCAAGGAUGCACGUGAUGCAAUCACAUAAAAAUGUGAUCAUUGUGCUGCAAAGCUCUUUGUUCUUGGCUGUCAUUAGUUUGUUCUUUUUUUUCCUUGCCAUUCUGCAGUAGCAUCAAUGAUUUUAUACCAUCUUGAUUUACAUUGGAUAUAUAUACAUUUGUCACACGACGCAGCCACUCGAGUUCAAACUGUACAUUGUAUUUGUCGUCCCUUUGCGAGAUCUUGUAUAUUGUGGCAUCGAUCAACAGUUGCAACUUAGACAUGCAUUGUAGACAAUUUCCUGUUUGCAUGAUGAGUCCAGCUUUGAAUCUUUAGGUGUUUAGCGUGGUUUGUACAGUAUUAUAAAUCAUAGCCAACUUUGACCAACUGUAAUUCUUAUAAGUUGAUGCAGAACUUACUGCUAAAGAUAUUUAGGUUGUAGUUUUGGUUAGAUAGAAGUGAUCUGGCUAACCACCAUGCUAGUUUGCAUAGUUGAGCAAACAAGCCUUACACACUGUGUUGUAUAAGAAUGCAUGUUUAUUUAACUAAGGCCUGAUGUCGCUUAUUUUAUUUGGAUAGAAAGAAAAUAUGUAGAGAUACCUCUGUUUGUGCACAAGCGGGUAAUAAUAGAUGACAUUUAAUAAAGGGAAUUGCGCAGGUACUAAGGCCUUUAUGUCAAGCAUGAAGGGCCUUGUUGUAUCUGUUACCAGGUUGGGCUCCUUCACGGAGCUUGGGUCAAUAUAAUAAUCAUUUAACAUGUUGUACAGAAAAAUACAGGACAGUUUGAUUGGUGACCAUGGUCAUCAAAAAAAAAAAGAAGUAUAAGUACAACUCUCAUGCCCAUCAGAUCAUUCGUUGAUAUCAUGCACAUCGUGGUCACUCUUGUACGCUUCUCUGGUGUGACGUUCCGAGAUCUGUCCCUUCACUCCUUAUUCAGCAUGAACGAACCUUCAACUCUUCGUCUCGUAGCAUAUUGUACGUGCGUGCAUGUGCGUUUAACUGUGUGUUCAGCUUACGAAAUCCUGAGCAGUGCGACGUUACGUGUUACAUUGCAGGCUGUUUUACAAAUAAAAUAAGAUGUAGGUAGUCUGAAUGGGGAUACGAAAACAAACCUGCUGCGAGGAUAUAUGUCUCCUGAACUGUGUGGAGUUCCCCUCACUUUAAAGCUGAAUUGAAGCCUCUGCACUAGAAAUAGCACAAUACCUUAGCAAUUCUGGAGUCUGUGAAAACUCCCUGAAACUACGUGAAAGUCAAGCUUUGCCAUUAGGAUGGUGUUCUGUAUGUAGGGUUCUGCAUUUUUCACUUUCUCAUAUUGCAAAUUAGGCUUGCUUUAUAUUUUUAGUAUUACUUCCUGGAAGAGUGUAUUUUAAAAUUUUUAUAUGAUGACUUGGUUUCUACAAAAUCUUCACAGUACUUCCUUCUUUUGUUUGCUAAAUUUGUUUGCAUCACAUCAUUUGUGCAAAAAUCUAAAGUUUUUUUCUUCUUUGAUAUGUGAAAUGCACAUUUUUGAUAAUUUGGCAUGUUGUGCAUUGCUUUUUAUCAGGAACAAUUUUACACCCCUGUCAUUGCUCUUAUCGGAAUAUCAAUGUUGGUAACACAAUGUUGUGGUAAAAUACUUCUAGUGCCGACCAUGUGCAACCGCCACUUGUAAAUAAUCUAAGGUGUAUUAGCUCCGAAUGGUGGCAAUAAGUGCUGUGACAUAAUUUAUAAGUAAAGUGUUGUGUUGGGCAUCUCUAUACGCAAGAUUGAUCAAACACAACACACUUGAAACAUUAACAUCGUCGUUGACAUAUUUCACAUUUGUUGGCAUAGUUUACAAGCAGCAUUGAAUUUUAAUUAUUUAUUUUUCUAAGUUUCAACUAACUGAUGUAGGUAAUCGGCUUAGUAAAACCUAUAUAGAUGGAUCUGGGAGUAACAACUGCAAACAUGUGUGCUUUUUUGAUAAACGAAUUCAAAUAUUCUUUUAGAUGUGUAGCUCUUUCAUGUAAUAAAACCCUAAAGGAAGUUAAGUUGAAAUAGGUUUGCCAUACAAUUUAAUUAUUUUAUUUUCAGUACCACUAGUACAUUCAUGUUCUUCUUGUACCCUUAUUAUUUUCAAUUAGAAAGAAAGUCCCUAACUCUCGUAAAUGACAAUGGCACAACUUUUUUUUCAUUGUUAUUUGUUUAUAGUUACUGAAGAUGCUGAACCCUACAUCUAUGAUAACGUUAUAAAGAGUGAAUUCCACACAUUUUUUUAUCAUCUUAGCUUGUUCUGUUAAUAAUUCUAAAAUAGGACUGGUUCUCUCAGUUCGCACUGCAUCAUAGGAAAACCGAGAAGCAAGGUUGAUCUGUGGGUUUCUUAUCACCUUUGUGGAUUUGCGUGUAUUGGGGUACCCACUAUCAUAAGACAGCACAACGUCUCGCAUAAAAAAAGACUGUAUGAUGUGCUUCCAUGGUUGAGAGGACAUGUUAUUGAGUGAAGUUUGGUGGCGUGUAAAUGUCUGUGGUGGGCGUCGUGACAAAAGCACCGGAAAUAAUUCAUAUAGUAUAUAUAUUUGCAAAGGCAAAUGAAGUGUUUCUAGGUUUGCUUCUUCUCAAUAAUCAAUGCUCUAAAUCUGGUCUCCAGCAUGACCAAGUACAUUAUGUUGAAAUUACCUUAUGCUGGAAAACUCAACAUGCACUCACAAGAAUUAAAAUAAAAUUGUGUGUCAACCCUUUUC